CAAUUGCGCCCCCCCACGCCCCCACCUGUCAUCCAAUUACAUUGCUGCAGUGUCUGGAAGUUGGGGGAGGCUGACCUGUUAGGAACUCUGGUUAAGGAGUGGGUGGUGGGGCAGGAAAUGCCUUCUAGUGAACUGUGUAUAUCCAGUCAGUCACCCUUGCAUGAAAGGAGCAGUUAAACAAGUCUUUCACUUCUCUCUGUGGAUGUUAAUCUGGAUAAGGUUUUACUUCAUUUGAACAGUAGGAGGCUGAUGAUUGACUGAGUGUGACGAUGUCAUUCACCAAUGUUGUCCAUGUCCUGGUACUGUUAGCCGUAUGUGACCAGGUCACAGCUGAUAGCAUCAACUUCUACAACGUCAAACCCCCCGUGGAAGCCACUCCGUUCCCUAAGAGCUUCAAGUGCUUCACCUGCGAAAGAGCUUCAGACAACUAUAAUUGUAACCGCUGGGCUGAGGACAAGUGGUGUCCACAGGAUACCCAGUUCUGUAUGACGGUACACCACUUCACCAGUCACGCCAAGACCGUGUUUGUGGCCAAGAGGUGUGCUGCUGUGGAGCAGUGUCUUGCAUCUGGCUGCAGACACCACCGGGACACGGGUCACACUGAGUGCGUUUCGUGCUGUGAGGGUAUGGUUUGCAACGUGGAAGUCCCCACUAACGGCACCAAUGCUGUGUUUGCCAUGAGGCGGCAGGCCUACAGCUCAGCCCCUGUGAGGACGUGGGGCUCCGGGCGGUCAACAUUACUCACCACCCUGGGCUUGGGGCUGACCCGACUGGUCCUGCUUUGACACGGCUGUCCUUCUGAGCAGAUCCUUAUGGAGGGAUGUACGCCAGACCAGUCCCGCAAUGUUCCUCUGUGCGACCUUAGAAGUGUGACAUGUCACAUGGAUCGAUUAAAUCAACCGCGAAGGACUUCUGCAGUGUCACGAUGGCUGAUGCUUGGUUUAUCAAGGUCUGCUGGUGACAGUGGUUGCUUCACCUACAUCUGCCAAAAGUUUGGCCAAAAAACCUCUAGGGCAGGGUUUCUUGAGCUAUGGGUCCUGACACAAAGUGGGUCGUGAUGUGUCAGAGACAAUUUAUAAUGGUUUAACACUGGAAUUGAUUUGGUGCAACCACAAUGUCUGUUAAGUGCACUAACAUCAAGUGGGGGACCACUAAAACUAAUCUGGCUUAGAGCCCCCCCAAAAGUGCAUGUUUGAGCUUGAGUCCCAGGGAAGCAUAGAAUUUCUCAUUUGGGUACCGGGAUGAAAAAGCUCAUGAACUCCUGCUCUAGGGAAUCAUUAGAACUGACUGAAGGACAAAGAACAAUAAUUGAAUCAUUAGAACUGGGAGGAGAUGCGUUCAGGAGCAGACUCGUGACUUUGUGUUAUGUCCAUGGCUGAUUCAACGAUGGAUGUCUGGUAACUGUUCCUUCAUCCGGACCCUGCCACAGCACCAAACUAAUUGUACAUAGCAUGCCCAAUGAGAGACAGAAAUUGGGAGACUGUAAAUGUUAUGUUGAACAUUCCUCCAGAUUGUUCACGGUCCUGGGGAUGUUUAUCAUGUGCUGUCUUUUGGGGAUUUCACGCUACUGCAUGGAUCAGGAAUAAGGCUGUGACUGACUGGACCAAAAUAGUACACCACAUUCCCGCUGGAUCUGGGAGAACAUUUGGAGGUUAAUAUGGUCUGGUGCUCAAUUUUGUCAAAAUCUUGAAUGAGUACUUGAUUUAUAGUAUGUUUCAAAAUGGAAGACAUUUUGCACUUGAAAACUGUUGUUGAAUUCUUUUUUUUAUAAUGUAACUUUGAAUUGUCUAUAAUAAAAUGGAAAGAACUAUA